AUGGGGAUGGUGUCAUGGGGAGGCUCUGGGCACAGCAGGAGCCUGGGUAAACCUGGGAGCCAGACCCCAGAUGAGGCAGGCCGCCUCGGGAACUCCUCCGUCACAGACCUGGCCAACUCUGUCACCACCAGCGACAUUCACAUGCUCUCUCCGGGCUCAGAAGAGGACACAGAAGGGCCUGUGGUUGAGAAGCUGGGCCGGAUUCAGUUCAGUGUGGGCUACAGCUUCCAGGACUCCACCCUGACRGUCAAGAUCCUCACGGGCCAGGAGCUCCCCGCCAAGGACUUCUCUGGCACCUCAGACCCCUUCGUCAAACUCUACCUGCUGCCUGACAAGAAGCACAAGCUGGAGACCAAGGUCAAGAGGAAGAACCUCAACCCUCGCUGGAACGAGACCUUCCUAUUCCCAGGGUUCCCCUAUGAGAAGGUGAUCCAGAGGACCCUCUAUAUGCAGGUGCUGGAUUACGAUCGUUUCAGCAGGAACGACCCCAUCGGGGAGGUGUCCAUCCCCCUUAACAAGGUGGACCUGGGCAACCAGCAGACCUACUGGAAGGAGCUGAAGCCCUGCAGCGACGGCAGCGGGAGUCGAGGAGACCUGCUGGUACUGUGCUACAACCCUCAAGCCAACACCAUCACUGUGACCAUCAUCAAAGCCCGCAACCUCAAAGCCAUGGACAUCGGAGGCACCUCCGAUCCCUAUGUGAAGCUGUGGCUGAUGCACAAGGACAAGCGUGUGGAGAAGAAGAAGACGGUGACAAUGAAGUGCUGUCUGAACCCCGUGUUCAACGAGUCCUUCCCUUCGACGUCCCGCCACGUGCUCCGAGAGACCACCAUCAUCAUCACCGUCAUGGACAAGGACAAGCUCAGUCGCAACGACGUCAUCGGCAAGAUCUAUCUCUCGUGGAAGAGUGGUCCGGCGGAGGUGAAGCACUGGAAGGACAUGAUGGGUAAACCUCGUAAUGCCGUGCAGCAGUGGCAUGCCCUCAAGGCCUGAUACUGUAGGUCCAGUCACAUCCACCCAGACCAUCCCAGCCUGCCGCCUGCCCUCCCACCCUGCUGUUAUGCACAAGGCUGACUCGCUGCAGAACAUGGGUA